AUGGCGAGCAAGAUAUCUCCCAAUCGCCGCCGCUCGAUCGCUGUCCUGAACCAGGGGCAAUCGCAAUCCUCUCGUCACCACAGCCGCAGGCGGGCUUAUAGCAUUGCACCAGGAGAGAAGCUCAGUCCAAAUGCGAAGCGUAGGAGGUCUUUGGCUCCUCGGAAGAGUAUCUUGAAAGCCUCCAUGAACCUUCCUGAAAGCGCAGAGGCGUCCGCACUUGCAGAUGAAACUACUACACAAUCCAUGGAUUUGACAGAGAUUCAUGCUCAACCCCGCAAGAGCCUUGCCAGGCGCGUCAGCUUCGCGAGCCACGCGCACAUUCGGUUGUUCGACGUGCGGGACAAUACGAACGGCAGCCAGGACCCGUCUUCAUCGCCACAAGGGCCAUCCGAUCACCGCAAUGACGAGAACAGGCACCCUACCCCUGCACCGACGCGUCGGCGUAGUUCAAUGCGUCGGCGUUCAUCUACAGCAUUCAGCGAGUUUGGUGAGCAGUCGAUGGAGAUGGACGAGGACGAGACCGCACCCCUCCCUGCCGAUUUCCUCAGGCAAAACGAGUACCAACUUGGUGGGUCUGCAGUGGAGGACGACGAGUUCACAGACGAGGAUGACGACGACGACGAUAUGGAGAUAACAGAGGCAAUUCGCUUGAACGUCGAGCGCAAACGAUCAUUGUCUCUAGGAGGUCAGGCGCAUAGCUCGUUGCCCGAUAGACGCCUGACACAAGGCCGGUCAGAAAACCAGCCUCCGCGCCAACUACCACCACCACAGGAGGAGGAAGAAGAUGAAGGCGACAUGAGCAUGUCUUCGGCCAAUUCCCAGUCAUUUGUGUCAGAGGGCUCCUCGGUAGAUGAGUCAAAGCCGAUGGAAUUCACUGCCCCCGUCGGGAAGUCUCUACGCCCUCCUUCGCGACCGAGCGACAGGUGGCUCGCCCUACAAGCGGCCACCCAUGCUGGUAUCCCUCAGGAUCAGUCUCUUUCGCAGGAGGAAGACGACGAGGGUAACUCCGGCGUGUACCGCGAAAGCGAGCCUAUGGAACUGACAGACGCAGUGGAUCGUCUGAUGAGAGCGCGUGUAUCGCUCGGGAUGUCUCCUGGCUCUGGAAAUGCAGAUGCUACAGUGCCCGAUAUGGACAUGGAUGAGGACAGCGUAUCUGCGGUGCAAGAGAACUACCAAGAGGACAGCUUCACAAGCACCGAAGACAGUUUCGCAGGAGAUCCAGUGGGUGAUAGGACUGUAAACGUGACGACCCUCAUACGAUCGAGUCUCGGAACACAAAAUUCCUACUGGACACCGCCAACACAGGCGGUCGCGCGGAUGAGGACCGACCUCCCCUUCAGCGCCAAUAACUGCUGCUCCCCCUCCUCCACCGGAACCAACAGCUGCGCUCCCGCACCAGCAUCACAGCUCGGUUCUCUGUUUUCAGCGCGUCCGCCUCACGACCCUCCGUAUUCGCACCCCCCAAGACGCCAGCCAACCACCGCGCUCUCCAUCAAAGCUCCACCUUCCGCGACCAUCCCUAAGCCAUUCUCCUUCAGCCUUUCACGGACUCCCGCCGCCCGCCUGCACUUGCUUCUCCGGCCCCUAGAGGCAAUGCAGCAGUACCGGGGCCGUCCUUUGCCUCCAACGCAACCGAGUCCAGCGAAGCGGGCUGCUGUUGGCAAACUCGAACCAUCCAAGAUAGCACUAUUCGAGAAGCUACAGCUCCGACCAGGCGACGGGAACAGACGAACAAGCAUGGUGCGCAGGCCGUCAGGAUACUUCGCACAGAGGAAGAGUCUCGGGCCGGCCUGUUACCACCUGCCAAUGGUGCACCUGGAAGCGCAGGUGUGCGAACGUGAGACGUUACGGCAGGCUAUCGCAGCGCCGAGCCCGACGCGGGGAUCUCCCUCACCCGCCUCACCCCGGACUGGGUCGCCUGCGCCACUGGGACGGCCCUUGGGGCCAUCGAGGUCCGCUUCGCCUGCGCUACCAACCAGUCCGGCUGUACAACCCCCCUCGCCUGUUGUUGCGCCACCGCGGCCUGCAUCGCCCGCUCAACCAUCUCCCGUGGACGCCAGCUUUAGGGACACAGGUAUCAUGCUUUCACGGCCGUCUGGCGGGGGGACACCAGUGGAAUCUGCUGUCACAGAGCAAUGGCGAGCAGGCGUGGAGGGUGCUGAAACCAGUUACGACGACGAAGGGCCACCUAUCAGCAUUGAGCAGUUCUUCGACAUGACCGGUAUUCAUUUCAUGGACGAGCUCACAAUGCCCAAACCACGACAGUCGGUCGUGGCACCGCCGCACCUUCGCACUCGCGGGCGCCGUCGCUCAUCCGCUGAUGCUGUUGGUAACGAUCUCAGUGCUUGGAUAGAGGAGAGCAAGAAAAUUUGCAUUGAGGCCGAGCGAGAGACGGAGAAAGUCACGCCUGAGUUGUUCAGGGACUUCGUCGCUGCUGAUGAGUCGGAGCAAGGCCUGUUGAUUUGGUAUGACUGGAAGAUGGACUGGACGCAGCGUCUGCAUGCCAGAGCCCGGCAGGAGUUUGCUAACCUUGAAUCGUAUGCUCAAGUCAUGGCCGAGCUGGAAAAGGAGCAGGCUGACAUCGCAGAGAUUGAAAACUCCGAUCAGGACUACCUGAGCGAGCUGAAGGCCACUAUAGCGGAGCAGAGUUCCGAGCUUGAGGUUUUCCGCACGGACGUCUCAGAAGGAAGAGCAAAGCUGGACAGGCUCCACGAGAGACUUGCUGAGAUUGAGUCGGAGAAGCAACAGGCAACCACUGCAAUCGCUAGGGCACAAUACAAUGUCCACAUCCAGAAGGAAAGCACGACGUCAGCAGUGUUCAGACUGAAGGACGAACUGGAAGCGCUGCAAGACCUCCAUCUAUGGCAGCUACGAAGAUUAUGCCCGAUUUUCAAUCCCUUGCGUGAAAUACCGACCUACUUAACAGGGGUCGCCGUCAUCCGAGCAAAGAACUUUCAAGUGAGGGAACGGGAUCCCUUUCCUCGAUUUACCACUCUUGCUCUUCAAGCAGCACAACAAAUGCUGACCGCGAGUGAAGGUCAGCUCAGUGUACGUCAGAUCGUUGAGCGACUGGGCGACCUCUGGAGCGCGUGCUCGCAACUUCGGUCACAGUUCGCCUUCUUGGCUAUCAAAUAUCCGCUCUCUGUCCAAAUUGCCCCUUCUGCGGAGGCCAGUCUUCCCGAUCUUCUUACCAAAGUGACAAUCUUGUUCCCCGGAGCCCAUGGGAAGGCGACGGUUUCGCGUCAAACAAUCUUGGAUGCAGUUCUUGCCCGUCUCGCUCAAGCUAAACCCACCGAGAAUCACGCGUGCCUGCUGGACGCAUGCAUCGAAGCUAUGGAACAGUAUGAAUAA